AUGCUUAUUAGUACAGCAUUUGCUGUUGUUCUUCGCUCUGCUCGUGUCGAACGUCAACAAGGCGAACGUUUACAAAAUGCUCUGCAGGGUUUUGAGAAUAUGAAAACGCCAUAUGUUUUACCUAAUCUAUGGUUAGUACCACUAGAACUACCACGUUUAAUGAAGAAUAAUAAAAUUAUUUCGUUCGACGAAUGGAUAAAUGAAGUGCUGAGUGUAACGAUACGCUAUAAACAAAUGAAAAUAAAUUAUUAG